GAUAAUUCGUGGUCUACAUAGUACGUUAACUAUAGAAUGAAUGCAACAUAUUAAACCUAGGAACCCAGGAACCCAGGAACCCAGUAACUUGUCCCACUGUAUAUUUAUUAGGGCUUUGGGUUUUCUCGUCUCUCCAGUAAACCUCAGACCUCAUACUUCUUGAUCCGGUUAUACUUUAAAAGGGCUAAUCUGGCAAGGCAGAGAGUGAGAGAAGUAUUAUCCAAAGUUGUGCGGGCGGCGAGCUGUGCUUCCUGGUGUAUAUUUCGCUGUUUAGGAUUGGAACCUUUAAAAUCUACUUAUCUCCACUUCGCUACCAUUUCGAAGUCAACUUUGCGUGGGAAUCGUUGAUAAGACUGUUCCGCUAUACUAAGUGGUGAAAAAAAAACCACAGCCAACUUCUUUGCUCUUAGCACGAUGGGGACAACCCGAGAUCUCCGCGCGGCCCGCUCGAAUCAACCCGAAUGGAUUGAAUUUCUGGAUAACGAGAUCGCUACAACUGACUCGCAAAGCGCCAGGCAUGCAGUCGUCAAAAUCUUAAAACGAACCAUUUUUUCGGCGAGGGGGUGUUCACCUUUAGAUGCGGCUCUGCAGAUAAAUACUUACUAUGAGGAAACAUAUAUGGCGGCCAAUCCAGCGCUGAAAGACCAAGGUGACAAAGGCAUGAUCGAGUUCCUUACCGGACUUUACGGAGUUCUCUCCGACUUGGUUUUAAUCAUACCCUACCACCACGGUUUACAAUAUGCCAUCAUUGACUUACUCUUCGAACUUCGAAAUCAACCGUCCAAGGAGAUCAAGAUUGAAGAUGAGAGCUGCGUUAUCUAUAAUUACGAACCCGUAAUCGAAAGCAUGAUGGUCCAGAAAUGGGAAGAGCACUCCCCAAAACAUGACACUAGACCAGAGGAGCUUGAGAAAAAGUGUGCAGAAUGGGUCAACAUUUCCGCCUUCAUUGCCCGCUGUAUCGAAGCUGGUUUUAACGACCAUUUCAAAGAAAAAUGUCAAUUCCCUUGCGUGGACAUUCCGAAAGCCCUCGAGGAGGAAAAUCCCCCCGGGGUUAGGCGUAGCUGCUUAAUAAGAGUGGCAGUGCAGUACAUCAUGAUAGCAGGCCACAAGAUAUGCCAGCAGAAGAUCGGAAAAGCAAAAACUGAAGAACAACAAAUGUGGCUCGCAAGGUGGAAGAUCUGGGCAGAGAAGUUGCUUCAACUUGCCGAACAAAAUGUGCUUGAGCCAGGCCUGACGUCCGAAGCACGAGAAGCCCACGGGACCAUGGUGGCAUUGCAACCUCACUUGUUCAAGUUUACACGUUAGGUAAUGAGAUUGCACGAGUCGUUCGGGCGAGUUAUUCGCUUCGAGGAUUUUGGUUUGUUGAUGAGGUGGCUGGACCAUGAUUUGCUACUUCCUAUUUUUUUUUUUUUUUCAUAUGUCUCCUGUAUUUCCACUUUCACCGUGUUUGCUUUAGUGGGCGUUUAUGUAUUAGAUUUCAAUUCCCCCUCAGUGGAUCAGAUUACGUUGGAUGGUUGGUACCAGGGCUCGAGCUUUUUCUAGGAGGCGUUUACGAGCGUCUUGUGUACCCAGAUUCUUGGCAGUGGCAUUAUUUAUUCGAAGGAGUCUUCACGUUACCGGGGUUUAUUCGAUAUUUCUAUCUAGAUAGACAACAGAUUAGGCGUGGAAGUGGGUAGAUUCGCUUGAUACGUCGAAUUGAAGUAGAAGAUCAUUUUGAGUACGUAGUGUUCAAGGCGGAGUAGGGCAGUGAACCAUGGUGUAUGUAACUAGUAUGAAAGGUACCUACCUACCUUAGUUAUUUCGUCUUUGCCCGUUAGAACUAUUCAUCCGAAAUCAAAGUCUGUUGCAGUUUCAUCCUAAGCUUUUAUUGAAUCGCUAUCUGUCUAGUAUUAUGUUCUGAAUAUCUACCUAAGGUAGAUGAUAGGUACACAGACUUCUUAA